AUUUGAAUUUGGGUCUUGGCCCAAAUAGCACAUUGGAUUCCCUGGAAUUACGAAUUUUGAGGAAUGGAAUCCAGAAACAAACAUAUUCCCACUUAUACAACUUGAAAGGCUGAAAAGUCCGAAGUAACUAAACGAAAGCCUAAGCUAAGCUAGUAUCGAAUCUUAGGAACGAAGAGUCAUGGCAGACACUGAAGUGAGCUCCGUAGUGUCUGAUUUCAUCGGCUUCUUAAACGCUUCUCCUACUGCUUUCCAUGCCGUCGAUGAGGCCAAGAAACGUUUGCAAAAGGUUGGGUAUGAACAAGUUAUAGAGAGAGAGGAUUGGAAAUUAGAAGCCGGGAAAAGAUACUUCUUCACCAGGAAUCAUUCAACCAUUGUUGCUUUUGCUAUUGGUAAAAAAUAUGUUGCUGGAAAUGGAUUCCAUGUAGUUGGUGCGCAUACUGAUAGCCCUUGUCUAAAAUUGAAGCCUGUUUCCAAGGUAAAAAAAGCUGAUUAUCUGGAGGUGGGUGUGCAAACGUAUGGAGGUGGUUUGUGGCAUACAUGGUUUGAUCGCGACUUGACAGUUGCAGGAAGGGUGAUGAUAAGAGAAGAGAAGGGUGGUUCCGUUUCCUAUUCACAUCGGCUGGUUAGAAUUGAAGAGCCUAUAAUGCGUGUCCCUACCCUGGCUAUUCACUUAGACAGGGGUGUUAAUGAUGGAUUCAAGGUCAACACACAAAAUCAUCUUUUACCUGUCCUGGCAACAUCAGUUAAGGUGGAGCUCAAUAAAGAGUUUGCUGAAAAUGGACAUCAUGCAAUCCUGACACAGAUGAUUGCAACUAAGCUUGGAUGUCAACCAGAUCAAAUAUGUGAUUUUGAGUUGCAAGCAUGCGAUACCCAACCAAGUAUAGUAGCCGGUGCUGCAAAGGAAUUUAUCUUUUCUGGAAGGCUUGACAAUCUUUGCAUGUCCUUUUGCUCUCUGAAGGCAUUGAUUGAUGCUACAUCCUCUGAGAGUGACCUUGAAAAUGAGAGUGGUGUUAGAAUGGUGGCAUUGUUUGAUCAUGAGGAGGUUGGAUCUAAUUCAGCACAAGGAGCUGGAUCUCCUGCAAUGUUAGAUGCUCUAUCACGAAUAACCAAUUCCUUCACCUCUGAUUCUAAGAUGCUAACAAAAGCAAUCCAGAGAAGUUUCCUUGUUUCUGCUGACAUGGCACAUGCCCUUCACCCAAAUUACAUGGACAAACAUGAGGAGAACCAUCAGCCUAAGUUGCACGGGGGCCUUGUUAUCAAACACAAUGCAAACCAACGUUAUGCGACCAAUGCAGUCACGUCUUUCAUAUUCCGGGAAAUAGCUAUGAAGCAUAACCUUCCUAUUCAGGAUUUUGUGGUGCGGAACGAUACACCUUGUGGCUCAACCAUUGGUCCUAUCCUAGCUAGUGGUGUGGGGAUCCGCACAGUAGAUGUCGGUGCUCCCCAAUUAUCAAUGCAUAGCAUACGAGAAAUGUGUGCUGUUGAUGAUGUGAAGCAUUCAUAUGAGCAUUUCAAGGCCUUUUUCAAAGAAUUCUCUCAGCUUGAUACCAAGAUCACCGGUGACACUUAGAUCCUCUUAUCCUUGAUGGGAAGGUACACAAUAAACCAAAAAUAACACUUCCACAUGGCUGCUUUCGUAAGUUAUUUCUCAAAAAUGGACUUGUUUUAGUUGGUGCAUAUUUCUGGAUCUACAAUUUGUAUGGUGGCUUGGUAAAAAGUGUAAUGGCUUCAGCUUCUGGUACUUGACAAUUAUAAGCUUGCAGAUGGAUUGAAUUUGACUAAUUUUAAAUGUUCUGCCACAAUAA